GCGGUGUUUAUGCAAAAAAGCAAAAAUUUUGUGUAACUGUAAUUGUUUUAGUUUUAGUGUUGACUUUUUUGCAUACACACACACGCACACACAACUGAGCUAAGUUCCGCUCAGUUCGAAGUCAGUUCCUUCAGCUCCAUUUAUCCUUUAGUCCAUAUGGCCAACGAAUGUUUCGUGCCCCGGCUGCCGGUUGAUAGCGAAUCCAUAAGCUUCAACGACUGGCUCAUCAGUUAUGAGAAGUCCCACAUACUCAAAAGUAUAUGCAAGCAGGGCAGCACCAAAUGUUGCGAAAAGGAUGACGCCAAUUGCUGUGAACUCUGCCACUAUCAGUAUUCGCUGGAGCUGCCCCACCUGCCGGACAUGGUAUUCCAUAAAAACAGACUGGUGCUGAAGCACAAGGAUGGUGCAUCAUUGGAGUUUAUGCCAAUGGAUGCGUUAGCCCUGGUAGCCAAUGGCAAGCAGCAGGCCUUGGAGGUCGCAUGCGCGCAGGAGUGGCGGGAGACACGCUCGGAGCAAACAAUGGAGGAGAAAUUCAAACCGUUUGAUUGGACCUUCACAUCCACAUAUCAAGGCACCAUGAAUGAAAAGUUUCGCUCCGAAGCAACGGAACAAACAUUAAACAAAUUCAAGCUAAUGCAGAGGGAAAAUAUAAUAUUCUAUCACGAUCUCACGCUGUACGAGGAUGAACUACACGACCAUGGCAUCUCAGUGAUGAGUGUGCGCAUCCGUGUGAUGCCAUCGGGCUUUUUUAUAUUACUGCGCCACUUCCUGCGCAUCGAUAAUGUACUUAUACGCAUGCACGACACGCGUUUCCACCAUGAGGUUGAAAAUGAUUAUAUCCUAAAGGAGUAUAUACACCGGGAGGCGCCCUGCUCCGAUUUACAGAGCUCUGUGGCUUUCUGGACGAAUCCCGAUGAGAUGCAGAACUAUCUGCCCGUUAAAACCAAGGAGCUGCAAAAGUUGUACUUUAAAUAGUCAAUUGAUUGAUGUUUUCAGUGCUUAGCACAAGAUUUUCAACAAAAAUAAUAUGCAUUCUAUAUGUACAUAUGUUUGUUGCCCGUUUUGCCAGCGAAGCCGAUUCCAAGAGCAGUCCGCAUGGAAUGGGAAUAGGAAUAAAAAAAAGGAUGUUAAAGGAUGCUGUGUAUCUGCCCGUAAAAUAAUUUUUAACUCU